AUGCAGGCCUUUUCCCACGCCGAUCUUCACUUUGCCCGCCACAUGCAAGCCAAGCGGCAGGCCGAUGAGCAGCGCAAGGCCGCCGAGCCCAAGGCGUCGGCGCCCGCCAAGUCGGAGCCGAAAAACUGGCGCCAAAAAUACCUCCGCAAGCUCAACUUGUCCAAGACGGACGACGACAAGACGCUGCGCCGCGCCCAGUCGUGCAGUGCGCCGAUCGCGAUCCCGUCGGACCUCGAACGCAAGAGUUCGGGGUUGUGGUGGGAAGACGACCGCCUCGUCGACGAGUGGGACCUCGGUCUCGACGAUGACAAGCCGUACCGCGCCUCGACAGGCAGUGCGAUGCCACCCCGCGCGCCUUUUGUGCCGCCGCACGAGCUUGUCAAGAAAGAGACCAAGCACACGCCGGGCAACUUUCGCAAGAACGUCGUUGUCUGGAUGUAG